CGAUGACGUCAUGGGCGGGGUAAACAUUCUCGAUCAUGGCGGACAUCAUCAUGUCUUGCUGUGGCUCGGAAGAUACCCAAAUACAGCGACACAAGAGCAAAAUGAUCGACAAACAACUAGCCAAAGAGAAGAUACAUUUCAGGAGAACCGUAAAAAUCUUACUUUUGGGCUCUGGUGAAAGUGGAAAAAGUACAUUUUUGAAACAAAUGAAAAUCAUCCAUGGGAAAGAAUUUGGUGAUCAAGAUAUUUUGGAAUUCAAAGUUGUUAUUUACCAAAAUGUGGUAAAAGGGAUGAAAGUAUUAAUAGACGCUUCUGAAAAGCUGAACAUACCUUAUGGAGAUAACGAAAAUCGUACUCACGCAAAACAUGUUUUCAGUUACGAUAACAACAUGAAAUUAGAUGAACAGAAUUUUGCCGAAUAUGUGCCUUCGAUAAAAAGUCUGUGGAAUGACAGCGGAAUUCAAACUGCCUUUGAUCGUCGCCGUGAAUUUCAAUUGAGUGAUUCGCUGAAGUAUUUCCUGGACAAUUUAAACAGAAUUGGUCAGAAGAACUACUGGCCAACCAAACAGGAUAUACUGCAUGCAAGGAAGGCAACUAAAGGAAUUGUUGAAUAUGAUAUUGAUAUAAAAACCAUCCCCUUCAAAUUUGUGGAUGUCGGGGGUCAGAGAUCGCAGCGACAAAAAUGGUUCCAGUGUUUUGAGAGCGUCACAUCAAUUCUCUUUCUCUCCUCAUCUAGUGAAUUCGAUCAGGUCUUAAUGGAGGAUCGAAGUACAAAUAGACUCGUUGAAUCGACUAACAUUUUCGAAACAAUUGUCAAUAACAAAUGUUUCGCCAAUGUUUCCAUUAUAUUAUUUUUGAAUAAAACAGACUUGUUAACGACAAAGAUCAAACAUAGUAACAUACAGCAUUAUUUUCCCGAUUUCGAGGGUGAUCCACGGGACUUGGACAUCGUUCAAAAUUUCAUGCUGAAUAUGUUCGAUGCGAAACGUCGUGAGAGGUCCAAACCGUUAUUUCAUCAUUUCACCACUGCCAUUGACACAGAGAAUAUUAAGUUUGUGUUCCAGGCAGUCAAAGAUACUAUUUUACAAGACAACCUUAAAUCACUAAUGCUCCAAUAGUAGAACACCGAUGCGGACACUUCAACUGGACACAUCAAAGAUAUGAUAUAGAAUCAGUGCGGAAAGUUAUUAGUUUUAAUCGAUGCUGUUGUUUCCCAGACUUUAUAACAUGUUACAGCUUGACUCAUCAACAGCUUG